GACUGCAGACAACCGUCUGUUUCGAUCCAUAUUCAAAACCCUAUUUUCAUUUUCCCUUCACUAACCCUAAUCUCUCUCUCUCUUCACUCACACUCGAAAAUGCGUGAGAUCCUUCACAUCCAGGGCGGCCAAUGCGGUAACCAGAUCGGAGCCAAGUUCUGGGAGGUCGUAUGCGCCGAGCACGGUAUCGAUGUAACUGGUAAGUACACCGGAGACUCUGAACUCCAGCUCGAGAGGAUCAAUGUUUAUUACAACGAGGCCAGCGGCGGAAGGUUUGUCCCACGCGCGGUGCUCAUGGAUCUGGAGCCAGGUACGAUGGACAGUCUCAGAUCUGGUGCCUACGGACAGAUCUUCAGGCCUGAUAAUUUCGUAUUUGGUCAGAGUGGUGCCGGUAAUAACUGGGCCAAAGGACACUAUACCGAAGGCGCUGAGUUGAUCGACUCUGUUCUCGAUGUUGUUAGGAAGGAGGCUGAGAACUGUGAUUGCUUGCAAGGUUUUCAGGUGUGCCAUUCUCUAGGAGGUGGGACAGGGUCUGGGAUGGGGACGCUUUUGAUUUCAAAGAUCAGGGAAGAAUAUCCAGACAGAAUGAUGAUGACUUUCUCUGUAUUUCCCUCUCCUAAGGUUUCUGAUACCGUUGUGGAACCUUACAAUGCCACCUUAUCUGUCCACCAGCUUGUGGAAAAUGCAGAUGAAUGUAUGGUUCUUGACAAUGAAGCAUUGUAUGAUAUUUGCUUUAGGACACUCAAGCUGACAACCCCAAGCUUUGGUGAUCUUAACCAUCUCAUUUCUGCAACCAUGUCCGGAGUUACGUGCUGCCUGAGGUUUCCAGGACAGCUCAACUCCGAUCUAAGGAAACUUGCUGUAAAUCUCAUCCCAUUCCCACGUCUUCACUUCUUCAUGGUUGGUUUUGCUCCUCUCACCUCUCGUGGGUCCCAACAAUACCGUGCUCUCACCGUUCCAGAGCUGACCCAGCAAAUGUGGGAUGCCAAGAAUAUGAUGUGUGCUGCCGACCCCCGACACGGGCGUUACCUGACUGCAUCUGCCAUCUACCGUGGAAAGAUGAGCACCAAGGAAGUCGAUGAACAAAUGCUAAAUGUGCAAAACAAGAACUCAUCUUACUUUGUGGAGUGGAUCCCCAACAAUGUGAAAUCAACUGUGUGUGAUAUCCCACCAACUGGUCUAAAGAUGGCAUCCACUUUCAUUGGUAACUCUACAUCCAUCCAAGAAAUGUUCAGGCGUGUUAGCGAGCAGUUUACUGCCAUGUUCAGGAGGAAGGCUUUCUUGCAUUGGUACACUGGUGAGGGAAUGGAUGAGAUGGAGUUCACCGAGGCUGAGAGCAACAUGAAUGAUUUGGUGUCGGAAUAUCAACAGUAUCAAGAUGCCACUGCUGAUGAGGAGGGAGAGUACGAGGAGGAGGAAGAGGAGGGAGAGUAUGAAGGCUGAAGACAAUGGAACUUGUGAGGACUCUAUUAUGCUUAUUUUAGUUGUACGUGUGCUUAUCCGUGGUUGUAAUCUUCUCGACUACCAUUCUAUCGAAUACACUAGGGGGACGAAAACCGGAUAGUUUGUGAAAGUCUUACAAGAAAGCAAUGUUUUUUGCUAAAGAAGUAUGGGUGUAAUUGUGUCUGGAUUAUAACUAGUACUGGUUUUUUAUUUUGUGCCUGCCUAUUUCUGGCUGAAUUUUGUUUCCUGAAAACGUAAUUUGCAUAUUUGCUUCUAAAUUCU